CUAAUCGUCAUUCAUAAGCACCCGGAUGGUACCUGACCCGGGGUCUCUCCAGCAAGAUCCAGAGUACCAGCUGUGGCAGCGCACCGAUUUUGAUCCGAGUCCUUGCUCCUCUCCUCUCCUCUCCUUCCCUUCCUUCCUUCCUUCCCUCUUCCUGAUGGCUUCUCCGCGUACAAACCCGAAAAUCCGCGACACAUUUUGUCAGCAGCCACCGAGCAUGGGUCCCUCUGGUAAUAGAAUAGCCAAUGUAAUUUGACACUUCAACUUACUGCGCUCUCUCCGAGUCUAUUCAGUUACUCACCCACUGACGUUGAGCCCGUUCUCAGUGGCCAAGAAGGGGGGGGGACGAUAUUUAAAAAACAAGAAGCCGAGAAUUAACCGAGGACUUUUUCUGCGGCUGAACAACCCGGGACAGAAACAAGAGGCGCUGAAGUGUUUCCCCUCCUGGUGUGUGAAUGGGUGGGGGGGUUCUUGGUGGUGAAGAAUCAAGAGUUGAAGUCAACACAGUUCAGGUGACUACAGGGCAGCGCACCUCUGCAGCAGAGAUCGAGCAGACCACUGCAGAGGGGAGAUUCAUGAUCCAGCCAGCCGAGCGCUGCAGUUUAAUGGCUGGCAGGUAGAGGCCGAAGAGGGACAAUCAACAUGAACUCGAUUCCGUCGAUGGACAGACACAUACAGCAGACCAAUGACCGUCUGCUGUGUAUCAAACAGCACUUACAAAAUCCAGCAAAUUUCCAAACGGCAGCGACUGAGUUGCUGGACUGGUGUGGCGAUCCCCGAGCCUUCCAGCGCCCCUUCGAGCAAAGCCUGAUGGGAUGUCUAACGGUGGUCAGCCGUGUAGCAGCGCAGCAGGGCUAUGACUUGGACCUGGGCUACCGGCUCCUGGCUGUGUGCGCUGCCAACAGGGACAAGUUCACUCCAAAAUCAGCAGAAACCAGCUGCUGCAGGAGGUGUCAGUCUGACUCAGCUCUUCUGUCCUCGUGGUGCGAGGAGCUGGGACGCCUACUCCUCCUCCGUCACCAGAAGAACAGGCAAAACGAGCCUCCAGGAAAAGUGCCCAUGCAGCCCCCAAUGAGCUCCAUGAAGCCCGGCCUCUCGCACGGAGAUGGAUCUUUUCCCUACGACUCUGUUCCCUGGCAACAGAACACCAAUCAGCCUCCAGGUUCUUUGUCCGUGGUGACGACGGUCUGGGGGGUCACCAACACGUCACAGAGCCAGGUGUUGGCGAAUCACAUGGCCAACAACAACAAUCCAAUGAAUCCAGGGGGCAACCCGAUGGGCUCGGGUAUGUCGGGCAACAAUCCCGGGAUGAACUCUCCUCAGUUCCCCGGUCCUCAGCAGCAGUUUCCAAACAAAGGCAACGGAAACCAGGGCUACAUGCAGCAAGGCAUGUACGGACGACCCAACUACCCCGGAGGAGGAGGCUUUGGUGGCAAUUACCCCGGAGGACCCAACACUGGCCCUGGAGGAAUGGGCAUCCCCCCACACUCGCGUCAAACAUCGGACUUCAGCCAGCCUGCUGCUGCUGCCGCGGCCGCCGCAGUCGCUGCUGCCGCAGCCACAGCGACUGCCACUGCCACAGCCACCGUAGCCGCCCUGCAGGAAACCCAAAACAAGGACAUGAACCAAUACGGACCGAUGAGUUCCUCUUUUCAGAUGGGACCAAACCAGGCGUACAACAGCCAGUUCAUGAACCAGCCGGGACCCCGUGGCCCUCCGUCCCUCCCCGGGAACAUGGGCGCAGGCAUGAAUCCAUCAAACAUAAGCGGGCCACCGAUGGGAAUGAACCAGCCGAGGGGCCAAGGUAUGGGACCUUUCGGAGCCCAUGGCCAAAGAAUGCCCCAGCAAGGCUACGCAGGACCCCGUCCUCAAGGCAUGGGUAUGCAGGGCAUGAAAAGACCAUACCCCGGGGAGCCAAACUAUGGUGGGCAGCAGUAUGGACCAAACAACCAAUUCCCUAACCAGCAGGGGCAAUACCCAACGCCCAACGCCUCCAGGCCGCUGCCAUCCCCCAACUACCCCGGCCAGAGGAUGCCUGGACAGCAGCUGCCGGGCCAAUACCCACCACCCAGCGGUGCCAUGGGACAGUUCUAUAAGCAAGAGCCCCCCUUUAACGGCCAAACAAAUAACUUCUCUGGCAGUGGAUAUCAGUACAGCCAGGGGAACAUGAAUGGGCCACCCAGACCUGUGGGAAACUACCCUCACUCCCCAGUGCCAGGCAACCCCACCCCUCCAAUGACCCCAGGAAGUAACAUCCCUCCGUACCUGUCGCCAAACCAGGACGUGAAGCCCCCCUUCCCCCCCGACAUCAAACCAAAUAUCACCGCUCUCCCUCCUCCUCCAGCUAACCACAACGAGGAGCUGCGUCUGACGUUCCCAGUGCGGGACGGGGUUGUCCUAGAGCCCUUCAGGCUAGAGCAUAACCUGGCUGUCAGCAACCACGUGUUCCACUUACGGCCCUCUGUGCACCAGACGCUCAUGUGGAGAUCAGACCUGGAGCUGCAGUUCAAGUGUUACCACCAUGAAGACCGACAGAUGAACACCAACUGGCCUGCGUCGGUACAAGUCAGCGUGAACGCCACACCGCUCACCAUCGAGCGGGGCGACAAUAAGACCUCCCACAAACCCCUGCACUUGAAACAUGUCUGCCAGCCAGGGAGGAACACGAUCCAGAUCACUGUCACUGCCUGCUGCUGUUCCCACUUGUUUGUGCUGCAGCUGGUCCACAGGCCCUCAGUCCGCUCAGUGCUCCAGGGCUUACUGAAAAAGCGUCUUCUACCUGCAGAGCACUGCAUAACCAAAGUUAAGAGGAACUUCAGCAGCGUAGCAGCAUCAUCGGGCAAUACGACGCUCAGCGGAGAGGACGGCGUGGAGCAGACGGCCAUCAAGGUUUCCCUCAAAUGUCCGAUCACCUUCAGGCGAAUACAACUUCCAGCAAGAGGUCAUGACUGCAAACACGUUCAGUGUUUUGAUUUGGAAUCAUAUUUACAAUUGAACUGUGAGCGGGGAACAUGGCGAUGUCCUGUAUGCAAUAAAACAGCGUUGUUAGAGGGACUGGAAGUGGACCAGUACAUGUGGGGAAUCUUAAAUGCAAUUCAAAACUCGGAGUUCGAGGAGGUGACCAUCGACCCGACGUGUAGUUGGCGACCGGUGGCUAUCAAAUCUGAAAUCCAUAUAAAGGAGGAUCCAGAUGGACCGCUCGCCAAGAGGUUUAAAACGAUGAGUCCCAGCCAAAUGAUCAUGCCCAAUGUGAUGGAGAUGAUAGCUCAGCUCGGCCCCGGACCCUCGCCGUACCCGUUACUACAAUCUCAGCAAGGGGGCAACAGCAACGAAUAUGGCAGCGGAGGCAACAGUUACCAGGGGCACGGGAACUUCGAUUUCCCUCAUGGGACACCUGGUGGUACGUCGAUGAAUGAUUUUAUGCACGGCCCCCAGCUGUCUCACCCACCUGACAUGCCCAACAGCCUGAUGACCCAAGAUAAGCCCCUCUCCCACAACAUGCCUGACUCAAUACCUCACUCUGCUGGCAAUGACCAGUCACACGGCCCAUUGCAGCAGAGCUUACACGCUUCUCCACACCCUGGGAGCCAAUCAGGGCAGCAGCUACACCACAGCGGGCCUCCUCAGCCGCAGCGACAAGCUCCACCUCCUCAGCAGCAGCAGCAGCAGCAGCAGCAGCAACAACAACAUCAACAACAACAACAACAACAGCAGCAGCAGCAGCAACAACAACAGCAGCAUCCUGGUCCUAACAACCAUCCCCACAGCGACCUCGCCUUCAACCCUUCGAGCAGUUUGGACAGCCAAGCGGGGUCGGACAUGCCGGAGCCAUCUCUAGACCUUCUUCCAGAGCUUGCGAACCCAGACGAGCUGCUGUCGUACCUAGACCCACCGGACCUCCCCAGCAAUAGCAACGACGACCUUUUAUCACUUUUCGAAAACAACUGAGGCAAUUCAGACACAUGAACUUCUCUGACUGCCUGCAGUUUCAGUACUUGACAAACACAAAGAUGCACUCCCUUUCUCUUCUUCCUCGUGUACAGUUUUCAUCGGCCAGCGCAGAUUGACUGAAAGAGGUUUAAAACUCAAAGACACGACAGGAUCCUUCAUGGUGAUACUUGUGCUCUGUGCAGCUAUACUCAGUUGUUUGUUUUGUUUUUUUUUACACACAGGUGUUUGUGUGCACAUAAGUUACAUGUUGUAGCAUUUUUUAUUCAUUUUUUUUUGUUUCCUUUUGAAAAGAAAAAGGAAUUCACUGUAUAAGAAAAUCAGAGAAAAAAAAAACAAAACCCUGCGCUAUCUGGCCAGUGUGCACUCUGUCCAAUGUUGUUAUUCCGAACUGAGAGGCAACAACUCACUGGUGUCUCAGCUUCAUUCCCUGACUGCUCUGGUUAGUCGCACUGUCGUUUGUCCACCACACAUCAUUUAAAAGCACAAGAGAUUUUGGCAAUGCAAAAAAAAACAAAAAAACACCAGAUACACCAGGAAACUGUUUUACGACGAAAAACAAGAAUUUAAAAAGUAUAUAUCUGUCCUUGAUGAAAUGUUUUUUUACAGGCAUUUUGGCAUUUAAAAAAAAAAAACAUUUUUGGGAAAGAUUGGCUUCCACUUUUUCCACAAUUUGAUACAAACGUAUUUUUGACAGAUAAAGCGAUUUCCCUAAAGGCUGUCAAAACACAACAGGGAAGAUUUUGGCCCCCAUUUAAAAGAAGAACGUUUUUAUUGCAUACCUGCACUUCCAACAUGUUGUAUAGUUAUCAUCCUCGGGCACAGAGGAGUGAUUAUAACGAAAAUGAGAGGUACAGAAUGAAAGAUUGGAGCCUGCUGCAUUUACUGCUUCCUGCUACGACUCCUUCCAAUGCCGCCUGCGUUUCUGCAACGUUGCAUCUCUCUCCCUGUUAAAUGAUGUGCUGUUUUAACUAGUCUACAAAGUGCAUGUGUGCCAAGCCCUUGUCUAGUGCUGUUGCAAGUGGUUAAAAAAAAGAUAGUGUAGUUUUUUUUUAUCAGUUGCUGUUUCCAUUGCUAUUUUUUGUUUUUACAUUUUUGUUUUGGAUUUUUUUUGUCCGAUUUAUUUAACACUAACAUUGAAGGGAUAAUGCUGAUAUCAGCGAUACAUUUCUCAUGUAUUUUCUUGAUAUACUGUGUUUUGUUUGUGUUGUUGUUGUUUUUUUUUUUUUUUCUGUUGCUGCAUAAUUCAACUAUCCGUAAUUCUUUUGGGAAACUGCUCAACAUCACCAAAGUAAUAAGGAGGAGUGUGGAGAUGUCUGUCUUUGCUUGGUCUUGCGCGAAAGUGAGUGUAAGUGUGAGAGAGUGUGUGUGUGCAUGUGUGUGUGUGUGUGUGUGUGUGUGUGUGUGUGUGUUUGGUUAUAUGGAUUUUAAAGAUAUAGGGGGAGGUCAAAUACAGUUUAUCCAUCACUGCUGUUCAAAAAGAAGUGGUUUUUAGAGCAGUAUUGGUGCAGACUUUUGCCACGUUUGUUUUUUCGAUUUCACUUUUUGAGAAGAGUGCUGUUCAGUAUGCAAAUGUAUUAUUUUUUAUGAAAUGCCUAUUGUACUGUAAAUAUCAUUGUGAAUAUUUUUGUAUCAUCUUGAUAAUGUUUGUCCUUUGAUCAUCAGUCGUCCGACUUAACCCGCCAUGUUACGCUCCCAAAAAAAAAAAAAAAAAAAUACAA